CUCUCUCCUCCAAUUCUAAAGGUAAAGCAAACCCUACACUCCCAAUUUCUUCGUUCAAAAGUUCAAAACUCCCCACGGCAACGAGACCAUGCCACCGGGCCAUGGUCCUCUCCCCCUCCUCCUCCUCCUCCUCCUCGCCGCCCUCUUCGCGACCGGGACCGUACAAUUCCUGGUGAAUUCCGCCGCCGUUGAGCUUCCUAAGUUCCGAGAAGCACCUGCAUUCCGCAACGGACGAGGAUGCCCCCGCACCGCAUGGUCCUCGCUGGACCAGCACUCCCACUACGACCCCUCCAUCAUCCACAUCGCCAUGACAUUGGACGCUACCUACCUCCGGGGCUCCGUUGCCGGCGUCUUCUCCGUCCUCCAGCACGCCACUUGCCCCGAAAACAUCGUCUUCCACUUCAUCGCUGCCUCCCACCGCAACCGCCGCUCCUCCGACCUCCUCCGCCACGCCAUCACUUCCACCUUCCCCUACCUCACCUUCCACGUCUACCACUUCGACUCCAGCCUCGUCAGGGGCAAGAUCUCCUACUCCGUCCGCCGCGCCCUCGACCAGCCCCUCAACUAUGCGCGCAUCUACCUCGCCGAUCUCCUCCCCUCGGGCGUCCGCCGCAUCAUCUACUUCGACUCCGACCUCAUUGUCGUCGACGACGUGGCGAAGCUGUGGCGGAUCGACCUCGGGCGGCGCGUGCUGGGGGCGCCGGAGUACUGCCACGCCAAUUUCACCAACUACUUCACCCCGAAAUUCUGGUCGAACGCGGCGUUCGCGGCGGAAUUCAAGGGGCGGAGGGCGUGCUACUUCAACACCGGGGUGAUGGUGAUCGAUCUGUGGAAGUGGAGGGAGGGCAAGUACACGCAGAAGCUGGAGCACUGGAUGCGGGUGCAGAAACGGUGUCGUAUCUACGAGCUGGGCUCGCUGCCGCCGUUUCUACUGGUGUUCGCGGGUGACGUGGAGGGGGUGGAGCACAGGUGGAACCAGCACGGCCUCGGCGGUGACAACGUGGAGGGGCUGUGUAGGGACCUCCACCCGGGCCCGGUAAGCCUCCUGCACUGGAGCGGGAAGGGGAAGCCGUGGCUGAGAUUGGACUCCAAGCGGCCGUGUCCGUUGGAUAGCUUGUGGGCCCCCUAUGAUCUGUACCGUCACUCGUCAUUGUUCUCUGAUAGCUGACGGUGCCUCACGAAUCACGGAGGCGCUCUGUACCGAAUCCGUACCAGCUCCAAGCAUGUGAUCGGGGAAGAGGAUGAAUUGCGACAGUGUGUUAUUUUGUAUGGGCCCGUUGAGGCACGGGAUUUUACGGCGGUCAAAACGGAGAUUUACCCGAAUUGUUGGGUAGAUAACACGUGUUCAGGACCUAGGAUAAAGGGCUUUUGUGGAAGGUCUACGAUGGUCUGUAUUGGUACGUUACGUGGGGGCGUAUACAUAGUAGGCGAAGAUUCGGAAAUUGUAUAUUUUUUUUUGGUUUUUUGAUUUGUAGUGAAGACUAUAGUAAUAUGAAACGUUGGUGGUUGAUUUUUUUCUAGUAUGCACCGAUGUAUUAUACAUUAGCAUUCUUAA